AAACCCUAGCUGAAACUCCCAUCUUCUACACAUUUUAAGAAUAGAAAUUUUUUUAUUAGGAUUAUCGUUAUAGGGAAAAAAUGGCCGGAGGGAGGUUCAGACAACUGCUGAAGAAGUACGGAAAGGUAGCAUUGGGGGUUCACGUAUCUGUCUCGGCGGCUUCAAUCACCGGCCUCUAUGUCGCCGUCAACAACAACGUCGACGUCGAGUCCAUGAUCGAGAAGGUGGGGCUCUUCAAGCCCAAAUAUGAAGAGUCCACAUCUCAAAAUCCGGACCAGAUCGGCGCCGACGCGGUUGCUCAGCCGAAGGCGAGGAAUCGGACUGCCGAGCUGGCGGCGUCCAGCGGCGGCGCCAUCGCUCUUGCUGUGCUGCUCAAUAAGGCUCUGUUCCCCGUCCGUGUUCCGAUUACUUUGGCUCUCACACCUCCCGUCGCCAGGUUUCUUGCAAGGCGGAACAUUAUCAAGAGCUCUGUAUGAUCUUUGUUUUUUUAAAGUUUUGUUUCAAUAAUCUCACGUUCUCAAUGCUAUCUAUUUUAUGGUCACACAUUCAAUAGCCUGUACUCAUAGAUGCUGCUAAGAACAUAAUCUGUUUUGAUCAUUGAAAUUCCCCGUCUUAACUAUUUGAGCAGUGGUUUUUAAGCAAGGAAAUUGUCAAAACAAUAUCAUUAAUCAAUAGUGGUAAAUUUC